AUGGUGAGCAGGCAAGGGACCUGUACCGGUAGCCGCGACCAGUUGCCCGCCUCGCCGUCGCUUGGUGUCGUCUUCGAUAGUCGUGGUGGUGGUGGUGCUCGUCGUCGUCGUCGUCGUCGUCGUCGUCGAGUGGUGGGUCUGGAGGUGGUUGUUGGUGGUGAUGCUGGGGAGGAGCGCAGCCUGCAGGCUGCUGCCGCUGCGCGAGGAACUUUGCAGCCCGCACUCAUCUCACCAGAGGCCGCAGCUGCCCCACCAGGGCCCAUCCGCUUGAUCACCCGCAUCCACUCUGCCCAGCAAGGGCCACAGCCCGCCCCUCCGUUGUCCGUCUACCCGUCUUGGUGGCACCUCUGCAUCGACAGAAGCUUCACAACCACGCCAUUUGCAUCCCUCGGCGGCAGUCGCGCAGGCGGGGAGACAGCAAGAGAGAGAGAAAAGAGAGAGAGAACCGCUUCGAGGCACGCAGGCUUACUUGCCAUCACCACCAGCCCUUCAGCGGCCACCCCCCUGGCGCCGUCGCCGGCCUACACGACUCAGGCACAACAAGACAAUCGUCUCGUGUCUGGAGCUGCCCCGGUCCCGCCAUUGCCCAGCGCUUGA